UGUCUUCUACAGAGGGCAAGUGUCUAUACCUGGGGCUAUGAAUUAAUAGUUCACCACGUAAUGAGAGAAACAUUAGGUAUCUUGCUCUCCGCCAUUAACUUACUAAGCCCACCACUUCCGGUCAGGAUCGUGUGGACAGUAUUGGGACGUUAAAAAGGUUUUGUUUAGGACAACCAGGCAUUUCUAAAGUAAACCGACUGGGUGAACUAUCGAAUAGAUACAUUUACACAGUGGUUUACGGUAAUUCAUCCCAUGAUUCUUUUCUGCCAAACGCUAUGCUUUGUUUCUAUCAACAUAAACACCAAAGAUAACACAACGCCAUUAUUUGUUUGAGGUAGAAAUAAACAUCUAUAUUAAGACAUUAACAGAGCUGUCGGGUCGAAGGGCGAGUAUUUAUAUCUUUAAAGUGUCCCGUGAAAGAUGGACAUCAUGCAUACCGCCGACUUUCAGACGCAGUUAACAUCCAUAAUGGAAACGUUAGCGAAAACGGCAGUUGUGGAAAUAAGCAAACUUUUUAAGGAGAACGCAUCCUUCCUGCGACUAGAGAUUUCGCGAUGUACAAGCGAAAAUGAAUCUCUGAGAAAGAAAUGUCAUUUUUUGGAGAAUGAACUUCAAUGUGCGCGAAAAGGCGCUGGAAAGAUGAACGGGAGAGAAGCGCUAUCCUGCCAUCCGGGACUUACAGACACUGGACAUCGUCCCGCAAUUGACAAUGUCUUCGGGAAGGAAUGGUGCAUGAAUCUCUGGAGACACGAGGAGUCACAUGUUGGUGAGCAGGAGGACACACAUCUGGACUCUACAGUCAUCAUAGGAGAGCCAGUAAACCUGCUGGAAGAAGAAUCGGACAUGGUCAUGAUCAAAGAGGAGGCAUUUGAUGAUUGCUCUUCGGGAAGAAAUGAAGAAGACCAAGAUACUGUAAAAGAAUCCAAUAUACAAGUGGAUGGAAUGCCUAAUGAGAUGACGCUCACUCCAUUAUCAUCAAACGAGUCCAUUCAUGAACAGCCCUUCAUUCCUUCCUUCAUCAAGUCCAACUGGGUUAGAAGUUUCCAGGUUCCCUGGGACCGCAUGCCAGCAGCUCUCAUUCAGGCAACAUCCACUGGAGAGAGGGCACGACCAGGACCGAGAAGGGAGUUUGUUAGGAUCGUUGUAGCGGCCAUGCAAGCCCACUGUCCAAACCCAAACUUAGCAGCCUGUGGAGAAGUGGCUCGAAACAUCGUGUCCACAUAUCCGCUGACAUUCGGAGACAUUUCAGAGGAAGGAGAACAACUAGGAAAUGGCUUCAGUUGCUUACAAAGGCAACUUAAAACUAGGGUAGAACAUGUGAAUAGAGAUGUUUUGGAACACAGGAUUCGUCGACCUAGAAGACCAUCAAUGAAAAGAGCUGGAGAACAGGACGGCUACACUAUGAAAAGAGCCAGAUGUAAAGUGGACAGUUACGGAUGCAUCAAUUGGCAGCCUUCCUCCAUCCCAGAAGGAGAGACGGCAGAAUCUCUUGAAAUGAAGAGGAAGGUUGCGGCUGAGAUUUUUCAGUCAGCAGGGCCAAAGGCUGCCGAGUUGCCCAACGUAGAUGACUUAAUGCAGCAGACAUAUGUUUACCAGCGCCACAUGAUCAACUCAUGCCCCCCUCCUACCAUCAGUGAGAUUGAGGGGCAUUGGCCGUUCCUGUUCACUGAAAGAGGCCUUUGCAGGCACUUCAAAAUCCUGACUGGCAUUGACAUCAGAAGCCGCUUUAACGAAACACUUAUUGAUAAAUCCAAGAGAAUACUCAACUACUUCAGCAGACAGAGACUGAAGUGGAGUGAAGAGAUCCAGAGUAUGCUAAGUGAGAUUGAAGACGCCAAUGCAACAGAUAAUAACAGGAUAGCCAUAUCAGCCAUCCUGUUAAUGAUGAAGUACUUUAAGGAAAAGGACAAUGCUGUCUUCAUCUUAGCAGAUGAAACGUCUACCAAGAUGUCCAUCGAAAAUGAAAUUAGCUUACCGGCAACACCCCGGCUCAUCAUGCUUGGUGAGACUUUGCUGACGUCGUCCAAGUGGUUUGUCAGUAUUGAGGGUAGAGUAACACAUUCUAUAGAAGACAAGCUGGACUUUGCAGAGGCAUUGUCUGUGUUUUUUGGGUGCUUCUAUGUGUUUAAUAUCGAGUAUCAGGAGUCAGCCAGUGCCACCCUGGAGCUCAUUCAGAGGUUCUUCGUAAGGAUUAAUCCUGAGGGGACUAAAUGUACCUCAAAAUCAGGUACAAGCCGAAGGACGGGUUCAGCUGUCCAAAGGAAACCUCAGAACUUUAAUACCCGUGUGGCUACGUUUAUGCAGAGGCUUUCAGAAUUCGAGUGGAAAACAUCCAGUUAAGUUAGUGCAAGUCGUUUUAUGAAGUUGAAAAAAAAAUAUAUAAUGGCAUUUUUAAGUGAAACUUGUCUUUUUUUAUUGAAGGUGUGUGAUUAUUAAAUACUUAAAUGUCACUAUGGGAGAUAUGAGGGGUGUUCUAAGAGUAACAGUGGCUUUAAUCAUAAAAAAAAGAAAAGUUUUUCAGGAUUGUCUUCAUCCUGGCCCUGCACUGAAUACUACUACUACAAUGGGUUAAUACUUAAGUGAAUUUUUUUUACCUUGUUAAUACUUGUACUUUUUUAUUUGAUUGUUGCUGGAAUGUUUGUAUUAUAAAUAUUUUAUUAUGUUCAUCUAGGUCAUCCAACAAUAAAAUAAUCAACUGUGUUUUUAUAAUAUGAUUAAUAAGUAUAAUUGAUAACAGAUCAAGUAGAUUACACCAGACGUGUUGUGUGUGUUUGAACUGUAUGUAAUUGAAACAGUACUGUAAUUACCUGCUGGUAAAAAUCGAGAAGUCCUUUGAAUGACCAAGUACAAUUAAAUGUACAGAGACAAACCAAAAAACAAACUUAUGGAAGAUGUUCUGCACAGGGACCCUGCCUAAUUUGUACCAUGAGUUUUUUUUUUCCUCAGUGGAAUUUCAACACGUUUUGUACCACAGAAUGUAGUAAAAGCUGUGCUUAACAAUGUUACAUAGACCACAAGUGCGGCUUCUUGAGGAGAGGCAUAAUAUCUCUUGAAGACUUGAGCUGCUUCCCAAAUGAUGCCCUAUACACUAUACACUCAUACAUGAUAAAUUUAUGCACUAUGUACUCAAUCAUGUAGUGUAUGAAUAAUGAGGUUAUUUUGUCAUUCAUAAUCAAAGUCUGAUAGCCCCUGUUCUCUACGUAAUUAAAGGAAUACUU